GAUGUGUCAAUGUCUGUAUGAUAUUCACUAUCCUCCCCCCACCAUAGUAAAGUGAUCCGUUUCCCUUUGCUCCGGAAGUAGUUGUAGUCCCCCCUCCCCCCCGUGUCCUCGGUUGAUCGAGAGGGGACAUUCGGCCCGUCACCGGCACAAUGAACCUGAUUGGUAUUGUACGUGAUCACUGGUAUAAUAUCCUUGUCCCUUUGGGUUUUGUAUUGGGAUGUUAUCUUGACAGAAGGAAUGAUGAAAAGCUUACAGCAUUCAGAAACAAAAGCUUACUGUAUCAACGGGAACUGAAACCAGGUGAAGAAACCACAUGGAAAUGAGAGUCAAAUGCUUUGCUGAGAAAAUGAGCAUUAAAAUUCUCACCACAACAGUUUUAGUCUUGUUGAAUUUUCAAUUAAGAAUUGAAUUAAAUUAUAUUUAAAAAUGC